CUUUGCGAAGGACACCGCUUUUACAGAGUUUAGUCAUAAACCUAUCUUGGUAGUUGUAGUUCCCAUAGUCAGACUGUUUCCUUGUAGCCUUCUUGAGGUGGAUUCUGCUCAGCAGAGGGAAGUAGAUAUGAAAAUAGGGGCCAGGUAACUCUCUGUUUGUCUAAAUAUGCGUUCUACUUUGAUAAUCGUGUUACUAUACUACAUAAUAAUGUAUUUCAAGCCCUCCAGUGUGUCAAUUUUGUCUAUGCUAUUUAUUGUAAUGCAAAUGACAACACAGUUUGUCGUUUUACUGUAGACCAGUGGUCAGUUUUAUGGCACAAAAUUACCGAACAUGAUUACAUGACGUUGGAUGUUCUAUUAUUGGUUUCGCUUUGCGCAAAUAGGCACGCGGGUCUUUGAAAAACAAUUGGCAACAUCUGAACGCAAUUACGAUUGCGAAAGGCUAGGCCUACACCUCUGCUUACAGGCAUGCUUACACCUUGAUGUUGUAGCCAGGAAUAUCUCUGGCUUGUCCAGAAAUAUGAAAUUGCUGCAAUCUUACGAAACGUGGUCGCAACGAAAUUACAUGAUUUCACAGACAAUUGCACUGAGGGAGAGGGCGACGUUGUUUGUUGACAUCCGGUAGGGCUACUUAAAACCUCUUAAGGAUCGGACCCUUUUUUUCAAUUUUCGCCUAAAAUGACAUACCCAAAUCUAACUGACUGUAGCUCAGGACCUGAAGCAAGGAUAUGCAUAGUCUUGAUACCAUUUGAAAGGGAACACUUUGAAGUUUGUGGAAAUGUGAAAUUAAUGUUUUUAUCAUCUUUGAAAUGUAAGAGAGAGGCCACAAUAUAAUAUUGCAGUUUAGAUUUUGGCCACUAGAUGGCGACAGUGUGUGCAAAGUUUUAGAUUGAUCCAGUGAAGUGUUGCAAUACUGGACUAUUUUCUAUCAAGUCUGCCCAAAUGUGCCAAUUGAUACAUUUUUAUUUAUUUUUAUUUAACUAGGCAAGUCAGUUAAGAACAAAUUCUUAUUUACAAUGAUGGCCUACACCGGCCAAACCCAGACGACGCUGGGCCAAUUGUGCGCCGCCCUAUGGGACUCCCAAUCACGGCCGGUUGUGAUACAGCCUGGAAUCGAACCAGGGGUCUGUAGUGACGCCUCAAGCACUGAGAUGCAGUGCCUUAGACCGCUGCGCCACUCAGGAGCCCAUUUUGAAGGACAUAACUAUAGAGAACAUACAAAAAUGGUAUGGUAAUACAAAAUGUAAGUUUACACACUCCCAUGUCAUACAUGAUGAAUCAUUAGCUUAUACACUGACUUUCACAUAUCUAGAUGGUCGGGCGGGGUGGGUGUGGAGCCAGAGACAGCAGGGGUUCAAACUGUAGAACCCAGUUCCUACAUCUGAAUAUAAAAAUGGAUUUUAUCAAACAAAACUAUGCUACAUUUUAUCUCUGGGACCCUUAGGAUGAAUGACAAAUCAGAGCAAGAUUACUGAAUGUAAGUACGUUAUUUACCUUCAGAGGUGAAUGUAUCAAACCAGUUGCCGUGAUACGUUUUUUGUUGUUGUGCACUCUCCUCAAAACAAUAGCAUGGUAUUGUUUCACUGUAAUAGCUACUGUAAAUUGGACAGUGCAGUUAGAUUAACAAGAGUUUAAGCUUUCUGUCCAUAUGAGACAUGUCUAUGUCCUGGAAAGUUUGCUGUUACUUACAACAGUCAUGCUAAUCACAUUAGUGCACGUUAGCUCAACCGUCCCGUAUACGGGACACCGAUCCCGUAGAGGUUAAGCUGCGUUUACACAGGCAGCCCAAUUAUGAUAUUUUUGACCAAUCACAUCAGAUAUUUUUUAGAGCUGAUUUAAUUGGUCAUAACACCAAUUAGUGCGAAAAAUAUCAGAAUUGGGCUGCCUGCGUAAACGCAACCAUUGUAACAACGCCUGUGGUCUUACUGGCGGGAAACUAGGGCUACCUGUGCAAAAUAGCCAAUCCUGGCCAGUACUUGUACACUGGUGGGUGUGGGUUUAUUGCUUGUGGGGGAUAAGAUAAUUUACGUAGCCAUAAUUAAUUAUAUCUUAACGCUGUAACAGGCUAUCUUGUUAUGAGUGGCAGAUUGCAUGUCCCCAGAUAAAUGUGCCUUCUAACAUUUGUAAUUUGAAUAUAGGUAUUUCUGCUUCUCAAAACACAGUCCAUGUGUUAUCAAUAUAGUGAAACGCUCAUUCAUAAUUAGCCUACACUUAAUACAAUUGUAUCAAGUCAGUUUCUCCAGAUUGAGAUUAUGUUAGCGAUCCUUGGUAUAUGAGCCACAUUACUAUUCCGACCAAGUGGGUGAACCCUAUUGGCACGAUGCGCAGGGUGUUUGCGUUUCACGCCAGCGACCCGGGUUCGCUUCCCUGCCCCGCCGUUUGCUACACUGGUGUCAGAAGUGGCGGCUGUGAGGCCAUCGGCACUCACGGCCCAGAUGUGUGAGGGGGAUGAGUUGUCGAAGCACGGGGACGUGCCUUCCUGUUCUGAGGGUGCAACGUAGUGAUCCUCACCAUAUGAGCCAGCGACCUGGGUUCGCUUUCCUGCCCCACCGUUCACUACAUUAUUAAAUGUUUUGCAUUGAAAUAAUACACUCUCUUUGGUCUCUACCCACAGGAUUGUGUGAAUUUCUGGAAAUAUGUCCAAGAAAAGGGGCAGGUAGGUUGAACACCUGUUAUUGGUUAUUUCACUGAUAUUUGAGUACUGUUUUGGGUAUUUCUAUUGUGUUAUUGACUGUACGUUUGGUUUAUCCCAUAUGUAACUCUGUGUUGUUGUUUUUAUCGCACUGCUUUGCUUUAUCUUGGCCAGGUCGCAGUUGUAAAUGAGAACUUGUUCUCAACUGGCUUACCUGGUUAAAUACAGGUGAAAUACAGGGAUGUAGCUCAGUUGGUAGAGCAUGGCGUUUGCAACGCCAGGGUUGUGGGUUCGAUUCCCACGGGGGGCCAGUAUGAAAAUAAAAUAAAAAAAUUAUGUAUGUACUCACUAACUGUAAGUCGCUCUGGAUAAGAGCGUCUGCUAAAUGACUAAAAUGUAAAUGUAAAAUAAAAAUAAAAAAUUGUUUUUUCCUGUUUUGCUUGAACCUAAACCUUAUUCAAAAAAAAAAAAAAACUUAUUUUACACCUAUAUUCUUCCCUCAGAAAGCGUAGCAGCGGCGAGCUGAGUGAGAGUUCGGGUUUGUCUCUGUCGUCGACCCCAGACCCCAACAACCUGCUGGGUCUGCGGAUUGAGCACAACUGGAGGGAGAAGGGCAACCUGACCAAGUGGAAAGGCACAGUGCUGGAGCGCCUCACCGUCAACACCUCCCUGUACAUGGUCAAAUACGACGGCUUCGACUGCGUCUAUGGCAUCGAGCUGUUCAAAGACGAGCGGGUGUCCAACCUGCAGGUUUUAACAGAGAAAGUCGGUGGGUUCACCUACUAUUUGAGUAUGUUGAAGCUUUGAUUUAAGCACAUUGGUAUUGAGAGAAGCAAUUCUCGACCUGGAAUGACCACCAGGUUUAUAGGCAAAGCAAAUACGUAGAAAACACAAAGAACUACAGUGUGUGCUGGUCUUUGUUCCAGGUCAGUAUGUACACAACAGAUUCAUCUUGUCAAGGCCCUUGAUGAUUAGUAUCAUCGUAAAUAAAAGCCUGCAUGCCAUUAUCCCCCUUGCUCUCCUUAUCCCUAGGUUAAUGACCUACCAUUUCAUUAUCUUGUGACCUUUCCCAGGCAUUGCUAAUUGUAAUCUCAUGUACAGCAAACCACAAGAUAAAGGUGUUGUCAACUCGGUGUCAAUGUGGAAGAAUUGUAAAGGAUUGGACCUAUCCAUUCCAUUCAGAUCUAAAGGACCCAGGGCUGUUUGUUUCCCCAUUGAACCUCUGACCCCCAAACUACACAAAAAGAGCAAUGCCAUUUCUCUCUGCCUAAGUUAAAUAACUAUUUUAGUAGCCUGGUGGAACCAGCCUGGUCUCGUGAUAGGUCACGUUCUGUUUAAUCUGAAACCAAAAGUGAGCGCAGCGUUCCGUAUGCUUGACCAGGCUUCCUUCUCUUUACCGCCAUAGUAAACAACAAGAUCAAGGUGCCGCGCGAUGCGCCGGAGCUGGUGGGCAAGGCUGUGGAGCACCUGUUUGAGAAGGAGGACGGGGAGAAGAACGAGUGGAGGGGCAUGGUGCUGUCUCGCGCCCCCAUCAUGACCAACUGGUACUACAUCACCUACGAGAAGGACCCUGUGCUCUACAUGUACCAGCUCUGGGACGACUAUAAGGACGGAGACCUCCGCAUUCUACCUGAAGCUGGUGAGAAAGACCUUUAUUUACUUCAUAUAAUUACCUUAACCCUUAAAAGAUGACGCAACAGAGGGUCUGAUACAAAUCACAGGUCUGUUGGAUUGGUUAGUGCUGAUCUAAGGGAAACCUAGUUUAACAUAGUAAAGGGAGUGGUUGUUAGUUUGAUUUAUCUAACAGAUAUCAUAUCUGUUGAAAUAGGGACACACAGCACAGCAUGUGGUUGGCCAGGGAGGGAGACAAUUCUACAGUACUAUGACAACCUGAGGAUGAAGUAAUUGUUGUAAAGCUGAAUGAAAGGCAGGUUAGACAUGAGAAGCUAAGGAAAAUAUAUACACACGUCUGAUUAUGCUGGGCAGGUGCUGCUGGGGAUCAAAGUAUACAUCCAGAAAGACUACUCAAAAUCAGGUCAUGAAUGGCUGAAUGGCUUAUGAGGCUACUGGGUGAAAUGGUUGUAGUCUGUUGAGAGCAUGAGAACUGGGUGGCUAGCUGCUGAGUAGAUGACCUGAAAGAAGAGGAAGUAUUGGUUCUGGUAUGUGAAGUAAAACGGCAGACAGCAUAUGCAUAUCUUUUUUCCUCCUUUAUUUUUCUCUCGUUUCCCAGAGAACAAACACCUGCUGCCUGCGGACAGGAAGCCAGGCGAGGAGACAGAGAGCCUUGUGGGUAAGCAGGUGGAGUACGUCACUGAUAAGGGUGUGAAGAGGACGGGGCUGGUUAUCUACCAGGUUCCCGCCAAGCCCUCCGUCUACUACAUCAAAUACGACGACGACUUCCACAUCCACGUCUACGACCUGGUCAAAACCACCUAG